AUGCGCUUAGCUGGCGCGCUAGGUGGUGCGGGGCCUCUUCUGCAAAUCCUCUCGCAGCACGUCCUUGUCACCAUCCAGAAUUUCGAGGCCUUUCUGAUUCUUUUCUUCAGCCUACCGAUCUUCGAGCUGACGUAUCAUACCAGGGUUCGGUACAUGCUUUUUGCCUUCCCACAGAUUAUCUCGCUUAUAUGCUGCUCUACUGCGCUCCGGAAGCUCAGGCUAUUGAAUAAAUGCGACUAUUGCUCUCGAGGGUUUUAUCUCCUCCCGCCCCAUCCGCGCUUUAGCUGCUCGUGCAGAAAUAAGCAUAUCAGUAUUCUGCAACGGUAUAAUGUUUUUAUGGUCUGCUACGGCAUUAUCCCAUGCUUUGCUGUGUUGUCUGGAGUCAAUCCGGAUGAAUUUACUAUUCUGUAUUCUGUCUAUGUUUGUCAGGCAGUGAUUCAUUUGCUUAUCGUUUCUGUCUCUCCACUCAGCGAGCUUUGCCGAUAUAUUUGCUCCAUCUUCAGCUUACUUCCAGUAUUUUUCUAUGCUAACGUCUUUCAGUCUCUGGCCUGUCUUGGCAUGUAUCUUGUGUUUGCACUAGUUGUCUCGCUGGUUAUCCGCAACAUCAUUCAGCGUAUGGACGCGUACCUAGAGGUGCUAGAGUACACGACAUUUAACCACAGCCUGCUUCAUUUGGUCAUGUCUGUCUUCCGAGCACUUGCACCGUCGGAGUUUUUAUACCGGAUGAUGCCUUCCUAUUCUCAGCAAACAUAUAAACACAGGCUCUCAACUAGGAGGAGGAAAUUUCUUGAAAGUUAUACUCUCUACACCUUGCCUACCAUUCUCUCUACAACCUCUGUUGAGAGUGCUCCUUCUAUGUAUGCCUUGGGACCCUCUUCAACUCCUAACCUUUAUACGCAGACAUUGUAUACCUCGUCCACGUCGUCUAUCUUCAUGGACACGGAGAGCUAUAACCUCCAUAGGAAGUCCAUGAGCAAUUUGAAGCAGCACAGUCAGACCAGAAAUAUUCCCAUGCUUACUAAGGAUCCUCAAGGUGGAGGACUUUCUCCUAGGCCCCCCAUUAAUCCAGCCUUCCCAUAUCCCUUGUGCUUACUACCCCUUCCAUUCAGGCAUGUUAAUGAUGAUGCUAACCAUGAGCAGGGUAUGCUGUACUCUGUUCUGUCUGCUUCUAUGCCCGAUGAAGCUUUGUCACAGUCAUUGCACGAAUCUAAAAAAAAUAAGAUCAAUCCGGAAAUCUUAAGGAAACGCAAUCCGAUUGUAAAGUACGAGGUCAAUGUUCACAUCCACGAGCGGUACAUCCUCCUCUGUAUGAUCCACGUCCAGCGGCCGGUGAUGUCCGUGCUUAACUCGAAGACUGUCUAUACCUUAUCCGAUGAGCUCAAUUACUUGGGGCUUCUCAACCUGUUAUUCUCAACACUCGACUACAUCCUCUCUAGCUUCUUCAGCCCUAAGCUAUGCUUGCAUAAGCUAAAGGUGGAUACAAAGGCUUACUACGUCUACACGGAUCUCUCCUCGCAUGCAUCCGCUAUGUUUAAGGAGCAAAUUGAGCCUGUCUAUCCCGUUGAUGCCGACAUUGUCAAUAGCAGCAUCACAAAGUCCAAGGGAGUAUGCCUGCAAACAAUUUUAACGUUUGCCGCCAUGGCGUCCUAUUUUGCAAACUCCAUGGGUCUUGAGUGCACAUCUAUUAUUGUCUAUACGCGUACCGUGAUGGGAUUUUUUGGGUUUGAGCAUCACGUUUUCGAACUAGUUAAUCCUGGGUUGAGUCUAUUAAAUGGUAUACUCAGUAACUUCUACGAGAUUAUUUGCGAUGCUCCCUCAACCUCGGCAAGUAGCGCAACUAAUCCAGAGACACAGCCCGCUGCCCUUAAGCUUCCCAGCAGAUAUCCCUCUGUAAAGGAACAGCAUCGUUGCGCUAAGCCUACGAAAAAGACGACGCCUGUGCGCGUCACUAGGCAAACAAACGCCCAGACUAUCAACACAGAUAACCGGAUCUUCUUUAUCAAUCAAGUGACGGGGUACAAUGAUGCGUUUUCAACACAGGACUUCUUCACAGACAUCCCACAAGACAUCUUUAUCUCUGAGCUGAUCAAUACAGAUAUGUUCGUUAAUCUCCUACAGUCUCACUCGAUAGCUAAAAGCCCGCACCACAGCAUUUAUGAACUGCUGCCCCCAUGCUAUAAUCUGCUUCCUUUACCUUACAGAUUGCGCUGCUCUGUUCAGGGCUUGCUGAGGGGCGCUAGGCAUGACAUUAUUUGUGAGAACAGUUACUUCUUCGAGGUUCUUCCCAGACCGGAGCUUGUCUACAUACUGAUGAAGCUACUGAUUUAUAGUCUCGCCUAUGACAUACGGACCACCCAGCCCUAUCCCGUUGAAGAGGUUCUUAACACUGCUAAUUAUGAUUCGCUGUGCACAAACAACAAGGCGUCAUGCUUUGCAGACAUAUCACUCAAAGUCCUACAAGAUCCUGUGCUACUGAACUUUAUGUCCUUAGAGUCGUACAGGCGGGCCAGUAUUGCUCCUCGUAGGGAAUUCAGAAGCCGGUGGGAUACAGAUAACUCACAGUCUGACACCUCACCAGCUGUCCGAGAAAAAACAACCCCUCGUACAAGUGAUAAUGUAUUUCUGCAUCUGUUCCCCGUAAUACCGGAGGCGGUAUUUCUACCAGAUGUGCUACUACCUAAUUCUUUUAAUCAACCACUCCCAAACACUAUAGCUCUCCCAUCAAUCGGUUUUUUGGCCCCAUACACACGUACCGCCAUGCGCAGAGCGGUGGCAAAGGGACUCACACAUAAGAUGAGCAGUAAUCACGACAACCGCAAUGUCGUUAAUAGCAGGUCGGAUAACCAGUUGACACUAGCAAAGAAGAACGAUAAGCGUGGUUGUUCUGGCCUCACUAACUGCUGCACUGAUGAUAAUACCUUACAGAUGCUCUGCACGUCAAGUGACCCUAGCUUUACCUUUAGCGUAAGAACAACUACCAACACGUGUACGAAUACCAACUCCGGCACCAACAUUACUGGCAACAAGUGGCUGGGAUUGACAGAUAUGCUCUCUGAAUCUAGCUCGUCGUUCCGCGCCAGCAACUCAACUAAGAACUCCGAGAAAAGGGCAGCUCUUUCUACGGUUAAGAAAAAUAAGUCACAGCUUUCCUUGACCAGGUUUCCAUCCCUUACGUUCACGGCUCGCAAUGUGGGGAACUUACUGCACAUAAAUCCGCUGCAAAUGCUUCCUCUGCCCAAGGGAAAGUGGAAAGACAGUAAUGCCGACUUUAGUUCGCGUCUGCAGUUCUUCGGAGACCCAUCGAUAGAGAUGCAGAUGUACGACUCGGAGGAUUCGUCGUCGUUAACCCAGUUUCAGGGAACAUGCUACUCCACCAUGUCUAGACACCUUGGAACUUUUUCUGACAUUCUCAAAAACCUUUCAAACUGUCAGACGCUAGAGCACAUCUAUGACAUAGAGUUUAGCCCGAUUGAUGAUGACUGCCUUAUGUUCUACGGCACAGCGCGACAUGUUAACAAAACCAGUCAGUUUUCAGGACGAAUGAGUGCUCAAGAGUACUACAAACACGUCCUCAACGCGCACACCAUUAGCAAGGAAAGCAUAGCGCGUUACCAGGAAGAGCUUUACGACGGGAUGCUCAUUCUUUUUCCAGAAGCAAAUGACAUUGUUCCAAGAGACAUUCUUCUUAUAAAUUCUAAGCUCCUCACUCGUCAGCUGUCACGUUCUGUGAAAGGGUUUCUUUUCCCCAACAAGUCACAGAGCCUGGAGCUGCUUUCAAAUCAAGUGUCUGAUAGUGGAAAAUCGGAACUGAAGGCAAUCAUGAAUCUCGCUGAAACAACUACAGCUACUUCGGAGGAGAUAUUAUCCACAGAUGUAGAUAUCAUAGAGUUAUCAGACAAAGACAAAGCGCUACCAUAUUAUAAAGAUCAACAUCAAAGGUUCAGACCUCGUACCAGACAAAUUUCUAAGAUAUCCUCUAUAUCCGCAAAACUGGCUCGCUCAAGAACAAGGGAUAACUUAAUGAGAAAUGUCCCGCACUCUGCCAUAUCCAGCGAUACUCUAGUAUCCAAUAUACAGAGUUACAAUCCAAUGCUUUUAGAGAAGUCCACAUCUAAAGCAAACCUGUCUUCUUCAUCACAAGCGUUCGGUAAUACUCAUACAAGUUCCGGGCAUGGCAUGUCGAAGCCCUCUAGCGACCACUGCCACAGCAAUUCUACUACUGUCUCACCCGUAACGGAUAUCCUUGGCCAGAACGUAGUGAUAAAGGAGGUACAUCUUUUGUCUAGCAUUCCUCCUUCAGAUUCUACCUUGGUCGAUCUAGACCGUUCAGAUGAUGAUAAAAGCCUAAGUACCUUAGAACUGGUCGCGGAUAGCACAAUCAAUGAAUCAAGCAGCCUUCUGUUAGAAACACUCAGCACGAGGACUUCCGAGGAUACACAGCUGAGCAUCAUAAGGGGAAAGACAGACAACGUUAUCGCAGAACCAUGCCAGCAAUACUCCCAAUCCGUAGACCACGUUUGCUUCAACGUGAUUACACCGUCCUUAGCUGUGAAUCAAUUCAAUCCAUCCUCAGACUCCGGUCUGUCUAGUAGUGAUGAUUCCCUAUCUGUUAGCUCGUCGAUCCUUUCCAAUCAAAACGGGGAUAUAGUACAGGCAUCCAGGGACUCAGAGGACAGUCUAGAUAACAGCAUUUUCAACUUGGUCAGCUCUCCGUUGGAUUGCCCUGCGCUAACAAGCACGACCUAUUGCGAAGCUACCUGUUCUAACGGGGAACUUAUGGAUUCUACUUGUGAAAUAGAUGAUGCCACUAACCAGGCAACUAAUCCUGCCCAAAGAGCGAGCACUGUUUUGUCAGUCACAUAUCAGAAGGCAGAAGAGUGCAUUGCUACUCACACAACCUCUAGUCCCUGUUUGCGUGACAUAACACAUAGCAUGACCUCAAGCAGCUACUACUCGCAAUCUUCCUCUGAUGAAGACUCCACUGAUAGACGCUACACCAAGUCUCUUGAAAGUGACGAUGACAUUAGAAGUGUGGUUGGAAUAACGAAUCUCUCACUUGUUGAUGACAUAAUUUUCCAAUCUACUUCUGUUUGUAACAGUGACACACACACUCAAAUGGAUUUUCAGAUGGACAGGCACUACUCUGUAAAGGACUUACACGAGUCUAGUGGAAACAGCCCCUUUCAAAAUAUCAAGCUAUUUGUCAAGAAGCCUUGUACUGACAUGCAAAAUAGCAUGAAGAUCGCACAACUGUCCAGGGAGAAUUCCUUGGAAGCUCGAGCUCUUGUUGCUGCAUCCAAUCAACCAGACCAUCAGUGUCACGUGGCAUUGACAGAUUAUAUGGUAGAUAGCAGAUCACCCACUCCUUUUGUUGAUAGCUCCAAGAUUCCAGACGAAGAUGUUGCUACCCACGAGGCCUCUUCUAGACGGACCAAGCUGCGUUUCUCGGCCAGUGCAAUAGUAAAAAUUCUAUUUGCAUGGUGUUUUCGCAUGCAGAGACUCUUAAAGGGUGUCUGUCUCGGUCCCUGGCUUAGGAAGCAAGCCAGUACCUUCGAAGAGACAGAGUCCUAUAUCAGUGACAAAGAAAAUAGCCCAACCAGAGCUGGUUUGCCUAAGGUAGACAUCAGUGCGUCCAAGCAGACAACUCGGCAUGUCUUUGACUCCAUUCCAUAUCUCAACCACUUAUUUGAAACGUUACAAUCCACGUCAAUGCUACUUCCCGUCUUCUCAUUCAUUCUCUACAAGGGCACCAAAAGGUGUGCAUUCCUUUUCCGAUUGAUGGGCCCUAACUUUAGCAUGCUGAAUGUCCUUUUCCAAGCUAAUGUUCUUCUAUUCGUAAUCCAGCUGCUUGUCUUGCGGGAUAACACCCACGACAACGGCAUUUUCGAUUUGGCGCACAACUACGUAUCCACCCUCGCACCUAUUCCCGCUAACGUUCUUAAGCAAGCAUUUUGCAUACCGCUAAGGUCUAUUAUGGUCAUGUGCCUUAAACUAGUGAUCCGCGUAGUAGAGUUGCUUAAUUCUAAGCUACAAUGGGCGCUGCUCCACAGGAUUUGCAUUUCGAUACGUGGUGCUGUAGAAAAUAUCCUGUCUUCCGUAGCGCUAUCAUGGAAUUCUGAGAGGACAUAUUUCUGGAUCUUAGCUCAAUUUAUCACGGGCAAGGGCAUGUCAAUUUCUGCUCUACGGCUAAUCUAUGUACUCGUCUUCCUCCCGACAGUCUACUUGAUAUUCCUCUACUACGAUAGGCACGCGAGAAAGUGCCAGACACAGCACAAGAUCGUACCACUGGAGCUAUCUCUCUAUGCGCUUCUGGUAUUUAUCAACGCUUACUAUAUUGAGCUGCUUCUAAACUUCCAAAUUAUCCAGAUGACACGACUCCUCAAGACCAUUAAGCUUUGUAGAAGUGAGCUGAAGUCUAUGAGAGAUAAUCAUCAGCUCGUCGUCUACACUGCUCUGCAGGCAGCUUGUCUGGAGAGCUCUGUGCACAUGCGUGGAGUAUUAACAAAAACAAUCCUAGAUUUUUUCCUGACACUUCUUGGUAUUGUAACGUAUUGGUUUAUCCUCUCUUCCGUUGUCACUGUUCCUCCAUUGCUUCUUUCCAUCAAUAACAUCGUCAUCUUCAUUUGCUCUCUUGUUAUGAAGUUCUCCGUUUUCAAGGUGGCCCCCUAUGUACUGCUUCUCCAGGCACUUUUAUGUCUCUUUAUAUUUAAAUAUGUCAAACCGUUCCUGAUUAGCUACAUUUUGAUUAUGAAGGCCAAGGUCAGCAUCUUAUUAAAUUGGUAUCAGUCCCAGCGAAUUUUCCAGUUUGUGAUAUCUGACCACAUGUUUGCACUGCUUCUCAAGUCUCUCCGGAUGCAUGAAAACCUGAGCAUUUUAAAGGAUAAGGACGGAGAAAUAAAUAACGAGAUGGCUAAAAAUAUGGGCCUCCGGUGCUGCACGCUCCCUGACGACUCGACUGAGAAUGACGUUGGUAGUGUGUCUGCUACCUGUAGGCGUUACAAACGGCUUUCUACCAAUAAUUGUGGAUUCAUCGCUCAGACACACACAUCCAUUAGAGGAUCUAUCACUGAUAUGACGGUGUUUUUGUUCGAUAGCUCCAUAAGCAACAGAGCGUUAUCGCAUCGCUAUCUCUUGUAUCGAAUAGGAGACUUCAUAUGGAACGUUUUCAACGAAAAGAUACUUCAACCUGCAAAAUUGUACGGAUACGGCAUUGGACUGUUAUCUGAGCUCAAAGACCCUUUACAAGAACACACUGCCUUUGGCCUAAAAUUCGUUAAAGAAGGCGAUGUAUCUCAGUUAGCGAAUGAAUCCUUCAGUCAGCAGUUCUCGGAUGGCAAAUGUAGCACCCAGUUAACUGUAGGCACCAGCAAACAUAUCUGUGAAGAGCUAAGUCACUGGAAAGCGUGUCCCGUGGAUUACUUUUAUGACAGCACACUCAGGGUAUCACCUCGGUCUGCAAGUCACUUUUCACCCAGAUACGCAAGCAGUCGAGUUACUCAGCCCCAUGCGACUCUAAAAGAUCUCAGACACCACUGGAAACAUAAGCGAGAAGAUGUACAUCAACUGCGUAGCGAACUAAAGGAUGCUUUCGCUGCUGCUGACGAGUUUGUUCUUGGAUAUACUAGCUACAAUGAUAGCCGAACAUUAGGCAUGCGGAGAUAUGCGGAUGUUUCUCCUAAUAGUAUAUGCAUGGUCAUCUCCUUUUCAAACCUGUUCUCUGUAGAGGCUUCUGCUGAAGGCUCCAAAUCAACAAGCUGCCCAGGGGCCCCGUCUUCAAUACUUCCUUUUAGAACACAGACAAAUGAUGCAUUCUACUACUCCAGCAUACAAUUUCAGAUAAUUCGAGAGUUCAUAGAGAUACUGUACCUUUAUCUUGCUCGCUUCGGAAGACACAUAGUGGUGACAUUGACCUCGUUUUAUAAAAUCGAAAUGUACACAAAAUGCAACGCAACCUCUUGCAGUGACGAGAUGGUGAAUAACGUCUUGUCCUACGUAAGUAACACACAAUUGAACCUCCUAUCUCUUUUCAAAUCUGCCCGGACUAUGCUUCCCAUAGCAAUGAAAACAUUGAAUAAUAAAUAUCUAAAGAAGAUAUACGGCAAAGAGAAGCCGUUUAUAUCUAACUCAUCUUUAAGCUCUAUGAAUGCCCCAUUCGGAGAGCAUCAUCGUGCCUUCGACUCCAACCAUAAGCUUUUUAGCGAAUCGAUGACAGUGUCGGUGGAGGAGUCAACUGCAGGGUUGCUCAGCGAUGAAACUGGUGCUAGUGAUCUCACAAAUGCAAACAUAAAGUAUACCAAGGAGGAACUGUGCACUGCUGUCUGCCUAUGCGAUAUGUUGGCAUUAGGUGAGUACAUGCGGGAUUACUUUGUCAAAAGAGUGAGACGAGUCCUGUCAAAGGCUUGCAUUUCAAUUGGCAUAGCGCACGGGCUUUGCAUAGAGACCAUAUUAGGCAAUCAUGGACACCCAUUCUGCAUCCACGGGGCUGCUGUGAGCAAGGCACGUUACAUCGCAGAAUGCGUCCAGUUUAAUAGCAUCGGUAUCUCCGACGCAGCAGAUCACAUACACACGAAGCUAAAGGCAGUCCUCGACAGAUUGGUAAAUUAUGGGUCUUGCAAUCUGGACAAGAUGAAGGAGAGAUUUGCUGGAAAAAACCCUACUCUAGCCAACAUGAUGUCUGCCCACAAUCUCGUAGCAGCAUACUCUAGGACACUUAUGAAGGAAAGCUAUGGGUACUCUGUCGGAGAAUAG